UGCAGCCGCAGGCUCGGGCUUCACGUCACUCACACAAACCUGUUGUUAACUCAACACUGAGUAACUCCGGUGUGAGCUCGAGUCCCUUAAACCCACUGAAGGGAUCCGAGUGUACGUGUUUCCCUGGAUUCCCCCCGAGCAGCGAAGCGUAUCUGUCGACAGAAGUGAGAUCUGAAGAUGUCAUCCAAGAAAGUGAUCGAGUUUUUCUACGAUGUGGUCUCUCCAUACUCUUGGCUCGGCUUUGAGGUCAUGUGUCGCUACAGAACUGUGUGGAACGUGGAGGUCAAACUGCGUCCUGCCUUCCUGGGCGGCGUCAUGCAUGGAUCAGACAAUAGGCCUCCUGGUAUGGUUCCAAAUAAAAUGGUGUACAUGACCCACGAUCUGCAGCGCUUGUCAAAGUAUUUUGAGGUUCCCCUGAGCCCUCCAUCGGACCCCGCUGAGACCAUGUUCAUCAAAGGUUCCUUGUCUGCAAUGCGAUUCGUGACAGCAGUACAAAAGAGGGAAAAGGAUGGAGACAAACAGGUGGAGCAGGUGUCCCGGGAGCUGUGGAGACGAAUCUGGAAUCAGGACAAAGACAUCACUGAACCUGCGUCACUGUCUGAGGCAGCGAAGAAAGCAGGUCUGUCUGAUGAUGAAAUUAAAGCAGCGCUGGAGUUGUACAACACCAAGGAGAUUAAAGACAAGCUGAAAAACACAACGCAGGAUGCACUUGGCUAUGGGUCGUUCGGCUUCCCCAUGAUGGUGUGUCAUAUUGAUGGAAAACCACAGAUGUUUUUUGGAUCUGACCGAUUUGAGCUCAUGGCCCACCACCUCGGAGAGAAGUGGCUGGGACCUGUGCCUCACAAGUCUGCUGCCAAGCUGUGAGAUGGAAAAUGUCUUCAAACAUGUUCCAAGAUUCUGGAAUUCUAUCUGUCUUUAAUGAUGCCUUUAAACUUCAAAAUUCACAUUCUGUAAGCGAUGCCUUUUUAAACCAAUCAGCAGAUUUCCAAUAACCAACAAACAGUGUAAAUGAUGUAACAUACCAUUGUGCUAUUCAAAAUGUGACAGUUAUAAAAGGGUGACUCCU